AUGGGGCUGCUGCAACGGCGCAGCGUGUUCAUGCAUGAGGAGCUCAAGGGCGAGCCGAGCUUCAAGAAGGGGCGGGGGCGCAAGGCGUCAAUGCCGAGCUCCAAGCCGCCCGUGAUCGACAAGGACAAGGAGCUGCCAAAGCGCAAAAGCCUUGUCAACAUCCUCCGGCCAUGGAAAAGAGGGAAUGAGGCGCCCUCCGUCCCUACAUUGCCCCUUCCAAACGCUCCAUAUGCAAACGAGCGCGAUUUUGCACUCUCCUCUCCAACAUCUCCGAUCAAUCCUCUAGCGCCGCGACCCGUCUCGCAGGUCGGCGUCUCGCAGGCAGGCGUCUGCUCUACGUUUCCACGCCCUGCCUAUCCUAGCUCGGUGACGCUGCCAAACUUCAUACCUGGUCCGCGCCGGUUCUACAACCAGGGUGGAGCGAUGGACAGCACGUCGAGCUUUGGCGCGUCUCGCUCCACCCUGCAGUUGUCCGCUCAGCCAUCAUAUGCGCAUUACCCCACCUCACCGGCGCCAAUGACAAUCUCAGGCCCGAUACCUGGUAUUGGCGAUGUCCCACCAACGCGCUACAAUGACUUCUUCCACCCAUUGCCACAGCCGCCACCCGGUGAAAUAGGAAUCGCCCUCGCUGCUCCUCCGCACAGCCUUCACGUUCAAUCCCUCGGCAAACGCGAGUCGCGCCAGCGAAUUCGUCUCAGUGCUCAAACGACGAACACGAUGGUAUCUGGCUCCACGCACACGAGCCACACAAGCCACACUAUUCACCCCCCCACAUCCCAGGGUGCCCUUGCCGGUACCAGCCCACCAGCUUCACAAAGCUUGCACGGCGAAAGCCCCCUCGCGAGCAACCGUCAGAGCACUGCGACGAUCAAGCCGCUUAAGCGGCAAAGCAAGGGUUCGAAGCGUGCCAGCGAAGCCGACUUUCUCCUUGAUGCCGAGGUUGCUGCUGUGUUUUCCGACUUCCCAGGCGCGGAUGCGGACGUAAUUCCGCCAGUACCUGGGAUUCCGGCCGCUCUGGCCGCACUGGAGGGCCGCAGCACUGACCAGCCUGCGCCCUUGAUGCGCAGAGAGCCAGAGCGCCAGCGAACAUCGCGAGCCGCCGUGUCGAUGCUGCCCGAGCCGCGAUUUAAGUCGAAGAUCCCAGUACCGCAGCGUAUCCAUUCAAUGCUACCCGUCCCUCCGCCACGCCGUUCCAGCGCGCUGGUAGAGAAAAGCCUCCCUCCGCCGCCGCGACAGGCCUUCACAUCCCUUCGCCCACCUCCACGCUCGUUGGACUCUGGUUCUGGGUCUACAUCGUCGACCCCACCCGCUACAAGUCCCGGCCUGCCCUCGACUGGGCGUUUGCCUGCACCCGCAUCUCCGCGUCCCGACUCUCUCCUGUCCACCGCGAGCUGGGGUUCCUCCGCAGGCGUCCGCCUCUCUGAACGGCUAGGACGAGUCGGACGCGGCUCCAUUCCAUGGCGCGACAGCCCGGGCGGCACGCCAGAUCUAUCCACCGGUUCAGAAAGCGAGGGCGUGGAGGCGCUCGAGGACAAGCAAGGCCCUCGCAGCCCCCGCUGCGUCGGCGACGAGGAAAGUGUACGCUCCACUUCGUCGUUGUCGCACUGCCCGACAGCGCUUCUUUCACCCGUCUCGAGCGUGUGCGCCACCCCAUCCUCGGCAGCAGCGAACGGCGAAGGCCUGCUCUCGCCGUCGACCUCCACAGACUUUGGACUCGGUCUCGGUGUGCUCGUGCCGGGGCCGCGAAACACGUCGCCUACGCGCGAGAUUGCAGGACUUAGGGACCGCAAUUCAGUACUUGAAGCGACGAACUCGCGCCUCGAGGCCGAGCUGAGGCAGGUGCGCUCGAACCCGGGUCUACGUUCGUCGGUCGCGGCGAGCAUGUACAGCAUAUCGUCGCUGGCCGUGCGCGACGACAUCUCGAUUGGAUGGACAAGCCACAACGGUAGCUGCCUAGACCUUGCAAUGCCGGCACUUGUAGCUGAGAUUGACCAGCUCAAGCGUUCCGGCGCGGCACUCCAGGCAGAGUUACAGGGCCUCAAGACCCAGGUAUCCCUGCUCCUUCCACCCACUCCGCAGGAGUUGGCGGAGACUGAGACGAAUGACGGUUAUGUUCCCGGAGAGAGGUACAUUCCGUCAGCAACAUACGCCCUGCCUCCUGGGCGAGUGCAGGAGGUAGCUUCUGACGCCGACGACGAGCGCGACACGCCUACGCCGCGCCGCCGCGAGGACAGCCUUGGCAGCGAUCUUGCUACCUCGAGUGAGAGCCAUUCAAGCGCGUACUCUACCUCGAGCGCCGACUCCUCCUCGCCACUCACACCUGACUCAUCGGCCGAUUGUCCUGCUCUGCCUAAUAUCACAGAGCUCGCGCUCGACGGCAAGCCGGGCGACCGCAGCAGCAUCAUAAGCCUUACGCGCGGGGGUGCGCCGCUCACCAAACUGCCUCCUCCUCGAGGGUAUGCGCGUGCCCGCAGCCGCGUAUCUCCCGUUAACGUGAGCAAGGCGAAUGCCUUUGUGUCCGCCUCGGAUCCCUCCACGCCAAAGGCGACGACGCCUAAGGCCCGUCGCAUGCAGCGCAACAGCAUUCAGCCCCCUCCCCGAAGCGCUGUUACGCCGCGCACUAGCGUUUUCAACAUGGGGACGGCGGUGCCACCGGCACGGCCACCUCGCCGUCGGCCCGUACCAGCCGUCGCGGCCUAA